AUGGUAGAGAGAAGUACUAAAGGUUUAGAUGAGGAUUUAGUACGAAGAACCAUAAGACUAGUUAAACAACCAAUAUCUGAUAUUUUAAAUUUAGAGUCUUCAUAUUACUUAGAUAAAGUGACUAAAGUGGAAGAAUCUAUUUCAGCAUGUAGUGGAAAAGGUAUAGUUUUAUGUUUUGAUUAUAUAGUUAUUCCUAUAAUUACAGUUAUUCAUUUAAAUAUCAAGAGAUUGGAACCAGUAUCUAGCAUAUCAGAAACUGAGAAAGUAAACAAGACUAGGGAAAAUAAAUAUUCAUUAGAGAUUGUAUGCACAGCUACUGAAAAACUUAUAGAUUGUCUAGAAAUAAUAAUGUUGAAGAUUCAAGAUGAGUCUAGUAAAAUUUCAAGUAAUCGCUUAACUACUAUUUUUUUUGAUAUACUAAACCCAAUAUUAGUGGUUUUACAGAAAAAGGAAUUUGCUAAAAAUGAAAGAGUAAUAGCUGGAUGUUUAAGAAUUCUACAUAUAAAUUUUUUAUUAUUUUGGAAUGCAUGGAUACCAGAUGAAUCAAAUAAAGUAACUCCUCAAAUUGUAAUUCCAAUAAUUGUUCAUAAUUUAGUUGCAAUAUCAGCCCCAAAUUAUAGGCUAAAGGAUUCAACAUAUCUUAAAUCUUCAACUAACAAGCAUUUAAGAUUAUUAGCUCUUAAUAUACUAUUUGAUAUUCCAAGAUUAGUGAAUAAUAGUAAGAUUUUAUACGAAGUAUUCCCUGGUACUGUUCAGGCAUUUGGAAUAGAAAUAUUAAAGGAAAAAAUUAAUUUUUACUCAGAAGAGAUAAUGAGUCAACUUAUUUAUUGUUUGAAACAAUGGAUUGAAUGGACUUUAAUUAGUAUAAGAUCAACAAAUUUUACACCAAUAAAUGGAGAUAUGAGUAAAUAUAUAGAAGAUGAAAAGUGGCUUAAACAAGCUACAAUUAAUACAGGAAUUAUAUUACGUUCAAUUAUACUUAGGAAUACUUUGGAUAUUAAUGUAAACUCCUCACAGAAUAUUUGUUGUAAUUACGAACUAACACUUUAUCCACCUAAUGUACGUAUUGCAUUUAUAAAUUUAGCUAAUUGCUGCUUAACAAGUGCAUUCAAUGCAUUUAAAGAAUAUUCUGAGUCAACACUAAAGUUAUGUAUGAAUUUCUUAAUAUCAGCUACUCUUGAUAGAGAUAGAGACACUAGAGAUGCAGCAGAUUCUUACUUUAAGGAUCAACUGGAAUUUUUUUCAAAUACUACUCAAUCAGUAUAUUUACAAAAUUAUCUUUCAACAGAUUUAUAUACUGAUCUACAUAAUUUCUUAAAUUCCUACUAUAGAGAAUGUAUACAACUAGGUAACUCUAAAGAAGCUUCUUUGGGAAAUUUAUCUUUGGAAAUAACUAAAACACUAGGUAUAAUAUCACUAAAAAAUGAAAAACUUGGUAUAGGUCCUACAACUAUAUUCUAUGAUGAUAAUUUACUUCUGAUUAUACAAAGACUUUUUAUAAUUUCUUAUCAAGAAUAUACCCAAAAUAACUCAACCAAAAAGUUGCUAAUGGAUAAUAGAAAAGUUUUACUAUCAACAUUUUCGUCUACAAUUGUACUAGAUGAAAAUUUUUUAAUCGACUAUGGUGAAUUUGAGCUUCUAGGAUUUUCUGAUAUGUUUUUGAGCGAUAAGAAUCUUAAUAAAAAUAAAUUUGGAGAAAUUAAUUAUCUAAAUUUAUCUAGGGAUAUUGACAUAAGUGGAAUCUUGGAUACUAUUUUAGCUUAUUUUAGUAUAAUCAGCCCAGUUGGAGAUACAACUAGGGACAUUCAAGAUUCAAAAUCUCAAGCUACACUUUUAUGGAAUAUUUCUACCCAUUUGUUGCUUUAUACGAGCAAUGAAAUAAUAGAGAUGGAUUUCAUUAAUACUUUAAUUGAUAAACUAUCAAAGAAUUCGAAAAUAGGGAAUAAGUUAGAAUCUACAUGCAUAAUAUUGGCAUCUAUCUACAAAUUUUUGGAUAAUAUACUAAAUAAAUUGGAUUAUUGCAACUCACUUAGUACUAAUUAUCAUAAAGAUGAGAAACAAUUAUCUAUAAUACUUUAUACUUGGCUAGAUGAAAUUUUAGAUAUACUUAAGAAUAAUAAUAUUUCUAUUAAUUGUUCCAAAACAAGGGAACUUACCCAAUUAAAAAAAUCAUUAUGUUUAUUAAUAAUUGGAUGUGUAAUACAACUUUCAAAUAAGUUGGAUACUUUUCGUAAAGAUAUUCGCAAUAUAGCGAUUAAAGUCAUUGUACCACUAUUGCAAAACUAUGGUAGCAAAUAUUAUGUCGAGAGUCUAUGUGCUUUAGAUGCAUUGAAUAAAUUAGCUACUGGAUUGGAUAUAUAUAAAGAAAAUACUUCAACUAUUUGCAUUAUAUUGGAAAGUUAUUGUGAUAUUAUAGUAGAUUCACUUCAUUUAAUUUUAAAAGAAGAAUUUAAAGAAGAAACUAGUCAAUUAUUCCUUGUUGUACUUUCACACUGUAGCGUAGAUUUUGUUUUACAAAUAGAUGAUAUAAUCUUGGAAAUGUGCGAAUCAACAUUUACAAAGAAUGUUUGGGUCUAUCACUGUUUUGCAUUGAUUUCUCAAGUUCUUUCAAUGAAGAUACACAAUGAUAGAAAAAUUUCCUUUGAAUUAUGGACUAAUAGUUGUGAGCAUAAAUUUCGAGUUUUUUUUGAUGAUAUUAACAAUUCACUAGCUCAUGAAAGUAAAUAUCUCCAAAAAUCCCUUACUUCUGUAAAUUAUGAUAUAGUAAUAUCAUUAUUAAGUAGUCAAUUCGAUAAUCAACUUAGUAAUCAAACAAAACCUAAUUUAAUUUCUUCUGAUAUAUCAGAUGAUAUAUUAAAUACUUUCAAAACCUCCAAUUUACUGUAUUUGCAAAGUAAACUCGAAAAUAUAUAUAUAACCAGAGGUGACAAUCAUAAAUACAUAUCUCCACCAUCCAAAGAAGAAAAUCCAAUAAGUAAUAACUACUAUGGAUUUUUAAAUGAAGACCAAAAUAAUAAAUAUGAGGCUUAUAGAAAUAUAGCUCAGAUGAUUCUUUUACAAAUACGCUACGAUGCAACAAAUACAAAUUUUGAUAAACAUUAUAUUAACCGAAGGCAAUAUUAUUCAUUGUAUACUAUACUACAUUCCCUGAUUAUUCUUUCAUCAAAUACUAAAAGCUUGCUCCCUUGUAUACAUGAGGUAUGGUCAUACAUCAUAGCACCUUGGAUAUCUUUAGCAUCAUCUGGUUUCUAUACUUCAAAAGAAUAUAAUGAAACAUUAUCAAUCAAACUUCGUGAAUUAUUAUUAGUUAAUGCAAUUAUCAAACGUUUAAUUUUAUUUGGUGGUAGUUUUGUUACUAAAAGAGUAGAAGAACAUCUCCUUAUUCAUAUUUUGAAUUUCAUUAAAAAUAUUCUUCAUAAUAGAGGCAAAACAUAUUUUUUGGAUGAUAAGGAUGCUAUUCAAAACAUUCCACUAUAUAAGCUGGGUAUUUCUACUAUGGAAUUGUUGCAAAUUAUUACUUUUAAUUAUCAUCACUCAAAUAUACCUCUUACAGUAUCUUUUAAUAUACUUUACACACUUUUAUCUGUGGCUCUAGAUUCUUUAUCUAUUUAUCUGUCUGAUAACUGGAAAAUUGUAGGUUUUAGAAUACUGAUCAACCUAUAUAGGUUAAAUCCAAGUUUUGUAAUGACAAUCGUUAAAGUUAGAAUAAAGGAUCAAGAAAACCACUUAAAUUUGCAAAAUAUUUUUUUAAAUUUCUUUACUGACCCAAAGAAUCCACUUUUGCAAAGAUAUUACCAGUACUUUUUUCUUCAUAAUAAUGCUAGAUUACCGUCAACAUUACAUGAGAGUAUAAAUAUGAAGCAUAUUUCUUCAGUUUUGCAGAGCUAA